CGCUUUCCACCUUCCUGGCGCGCGCAGAGCUGCCCGAGUGGAGAUAAGACGCGAGUCCGCAGAGAGAGAUGGCGCUGAAGCAGGGAUUGAGAUCUACCGGAAACGCCAAGCUCUUCGUCUUCCCGGCAUCGAACUCUUCUGGGUCUUCUCCCAACACCCUCUUCUUGUUCGCACCAAGCAUCAAACACUUGACCCGCAACGCCCGGUUGAGAUGCUCUCUCCAGGCGGCCGCCUACCCGAGGCCCCAGGAGAUUCAGUGGAGGAAGGAGCUCACCAACGCCGUCCAGCUCAUCGGGAUCGUCUCGACCCCGGUCGAGGUCAGGAACUUGCCCUCCGGUAAGGUCGUCGCCUGGACCCGCCUCGCCGUCCGGAAGUCCCCCACCGAUACGUCAUGGAUAAAUUUGACAUUUUGGGAUGAGUUGGCACUUACUGCUUCUCAGCAUCUAGAGAAAGGUCACCAGAUAUUUGUGUCGGGCCGGCUGGUUUCCGAUGUAGUUGAAAGUGAUGAAGGAAAGCAGCAGACUUUUUAUAAGGUUGUCGUUCAGCAGCUAAACUUCAUUGAAAGGAACCUCUCUCCAGUCGCCCUUAACGAUCAUGCGUCAGGUAGGAAUUUUGGCAGUGAUACAGUCCAUAAUAAUGGUUCCACUGUCGAACUCUGGCAAGCUUUUUUCGCCAAUCCCCUGGAAUGGUGGGAUAACAGGAAAAACAAGAAGAACCCAAAAUAUCCAGAUUUCAAGCAUAAGGAUACUGGCGAAGCUUUGUGGGUUGAAGGCAGGUAUAAUCCACCAUGGGUAAAGUCCCAGCUAGCGAAACUGGAUUCGAGAAUGGGAUCUCUUCAAUGGCAGGAUGCCAGGAUGCCUGUGAGUGCUAUGGCUGGUGAUGAUGCUCUAAGCUUCUAGCUAUUAGUGAGCCCAUAAAGUUAUUAAUCUGUAUAGCUCUGUUAAAUCCUCUUUAUUCAGCAAAGCCCGGAAGAGUCUGUCAAUAGGUUCUGUUAUUUAUCUCCCAAUUUGCUCACAAUGUUCCUUCCCCAUUGACCACAUUUUGCAAGUCUUUAUACUUUGAUAGUUUAACAUGAGCCAUCUAUCAUUGUCAAAGUGAGCUGUGUCGGUUUAGGUGGCUCAACUUUCAGUUUUGGGCAACUAGUGUUGCCUUCUCUUGUUUGGCGUUGUGCGGAGAUUUUGCUUGUUGAGUUGAAUGAAAUUUGGAGAUCAUUUAUUCUGGAUGAA